CUACCUACCCCACCUCCCCAAAUCAUCGGUGAACGAAACUGUGGCAGCUACAACCACUGUACGACAAGUACGCGGUCCUUACAGCCGGCAAAGAUGAUGGUGUCUUCGAGCUGCUUAGGCAACCUGGCAGUAUCCCAGCCCUCGUGUUUCCUUCGCAUGGCAUGGCAGCUAGGCACCGAAAGGGUGCUACAGCUAAACGAUUAUUCGCUUCAAUCCAGUUCAGCAUACGUCAACUCGCUUAAGCUGUCAACAACCAAGGUAAAUUCAAAAAAACUCAAAAGCACGGUUCAUCAUGGUGAACGGCAUGCUGUCACUCCUGACAUUAUUGCCAAUAUUGGACAUCCGCAAUCGGUCUUCACCGAGAUUGGUUCGCUUUGUGUAAUUGAGUACGGCAUUCGAAUCUUCACUCACGGUCGUUCGACCGUCAGUUGCGGUUUGGACUGCAGUGCCCUCUGGCCUGAUUUUCUUCGUCUACAACAUCCUGCGCCUUACUUCAAAGAAAAGAAUAAAAGUGGACAGAGAAGGUACUUAGUGUUAGCCUGCCAGAAUCACUCCAUGUUGCCCGCACCUCCUGAUACUCACUUAGGCAAUCGGGAUAGAAACAGCUGUAGCACCCUUCCGGUGCCUAGCUGCCAUGCUACCCGAAGGAAGCGCGAGGGCUGGAUACUGCCAGGUUGCCCAAUCCUAGACAGGGGAAGUCAAGAGGCGGAGGUCGGAUUCGAACCACGGACCCUCCGGUCAAUAGAUUCGCGCUCUAACCACUUGGGCCAUCUCGCCUAA